CUGGUGCAGCACCGACCGGGUUGCCCCCCUGAGGAGCAAAGUUAACUAUUUCUCGAGAGCGGUGGAACAGAGUGGGCUACAGAGGGACAGCAGUCCCGUUCAAGCCGGCUCGGCUACAACAGCUAAAAGGCAAAUUUGCGAUUUGAAGACUGCGCACGUUUGACCUAGCUACACCAAGACGGACAGCGCUUGGCCACUGAAUGCGCAUAACAGUUCGAUUCUCAAGGACAGAAACGCGUUACAAUACCGGGAUCGCUCUUAUGUCAGCCUCCCAGCGAGCUGGCAACAUUUAAAGGGAGACGAGGUGGUGGGCCGACGCGGAGCAGCUGACUUGGAUAUUUUUCCACUGUGGCUGCGCCAGGAGAACCAAACGAAGCCGGGAGAUUGCGGGGAUUUCAUGCGAAUAACUAUUGCUCUUUCUCUCUCAACCUGACUUCCAACCUUGCAUUAGGACACUUUCUGCCGUGCCACACUGAAGUUCACGGAGAAUUUGCUAUCACAUGAUGUACACAAUAACCAGAGGUCCAAGCAAACUUGUUACACAACGGAGAACAGGUCCUACGCAGCAGAUUGAAAACAAAAUCAACGACCUGAAGCACAAACAAACCCCCUGGUCAACAGCAAGCUUUCCGGCACCGAAGCUUGUGUUUAACCGCUUGAACGGGAAGCGGUACCACACGCAGCCGGUCCCGCAGGCCGGCGGGCAGACGGAGGGCUUCACCGCGGCACACGAGGAGAAUGUCAGGUUCGUGUAUGAAGCCUGGCAGGAGGUUGAGCAGCAGCUUGAACAUGGCACUCGGACAGAAAACGGUCACUCGGAGAGCGGUCGGCCGGAGAACGGUCAGUCAGAGAACGGUCGGGGACCAGUGCAGUACUCGGAGAAGAACCCCAGCCCAGUCAUGAAGAACUUUGUGCCCAUCGACCUGGAGGAGUGGUGGGCCCAGCGCUUCCUCGCCAACAUCGUCAACCUGUCUUGAACGCAGGACUAACGGUCGGAACGGGCGAGGCUGUGCGGACCCGCCCGGGGCGAGGGGGGGGGGUGGUCUGUUCCUGAGCCGCAUCACAAAAGGGGGCGGACAGAGUGUGGGACACGCCCACACCCCCACGGCAACCGUGUUGCCCUCAUGCGGCUCCGACCUUUGGCUACUGCCCCACUUCCGCUGACCUCCAGCUGGCCAAUAAGAGGACAGAAGAUAAUCAAUCAGUGAUUUUUCUUAUUCAUCCUCUUGUUUUCUGUGAGCAGCCCUCAUUGUCUGAGAGCAA